UUAUCAAAAUAAGCAAUCAAAUCCAGACCGUCCAAAAUAGGGAUUUCAUAAAACCCCAUUGAACAAACAUCUUGUCGAAACCCCAUAGUAAUAAUUUUGUGUUCUGCCUUGUACUCUUCUUCCUCGUUAUCAACAGUCGAAAUCUCUUGAAAUGACGGACAUAGUAACGCCUGGAGAUGUACUUGGGAAUGUGGCUGAGUUUAAAGCCGGCAAAGGAGCUUACGUCAACGACAAAACAAUCUACGCUUCCCUCACUGGAUCUCGUCGGAUUGUUUCUUCUCUUCCCGACUCUCCUGACCAGAGAGCUAUUGUGGAAGUUACGGGUCACAAGGCACAUGGGCUUAUUCCUGAGCCUGGUUCUGUUGUCUUAGCUAGGGUGACUAAAGUUAUGGCUAGGAUGGCUUCUGUUGAUAUCUUGUGUGUUGGUCCCAAGGCCGUUCGUGAAAAAUUUGCUGGCAUAAUCAGGCAACAAGAUGUAAGAGCAACAGAGAUUGACAAAGUUGAUAUGCAUCAGUCUUUUCGUCCUAGUGACAUUGUUAGAGCCAUGGUUCUGUCCCUUGGUGAUUCACGGGCUUACUAUUUGUCAACCGCUAAGAAUGAGCUUGGUGUGGUCUCAGCGGAGAGUGCUGCUGGUGAAACCAUGGUUCCGAUGAGCUGGAUAGAGAUGCAAUGCCCUUUGUCGGGACAAACCGAGCCAAGAAAAGUUGCCAAGGUUGGCUAGUUGAAUACAAGAUGAUAUUUGGCUUCCCUCGAUAGAUUUUUGAUAAUGGUGUCUACAACAUGAACAGACUUAUGAGAUUGAUACAAUUUUGAGAUUUUGUUUAUCCUUUUACUUGAGACUAUGAUGUCUAGUUAUCAAGUUGUAGAGAAAAGAGCAGAGCAACUUACCCUUGUUCGCAUAAUUAUGACACUCGCAUGUCGUUAAUCUCGGAAGAAUAUUUUAUAACUUAAGAUACACUUGAUCCU